UUCGUCUUCGCUUUGCGCUUACUCAACUCCGAUCUUCGAUCGUUCGGCCAAAGCGAAAAUAGUACCAUAUUUUGCACCGAUAUUAUUCAUCAUUCGAGAUCAGUGAGUCGGCGAAGUCGGAUUCAAAAACUGAGCAUUACGCUACCCAAGCGUUUGUUGUGUGUUUUGUUUUUUUUUUAAGAAAUUUUUUUUCGAACCUGUGUGUUGUUUUACUGUGCCCAAGAAUUUGUUUUUUUUUGUUUUUCAAUCCUUACGCGUGAGUGGGUGUUUGUGUAUCCAUUGUAAUAAAAUCGUGUAUAUCUAUUAAGUGGAAAUUUUAAUUGCGGUACGAAAUAAAAAGUAUAUAAAAAAAUUCGAGACAGAAGAAAAAAGUUUCAAGAGAAACUGAUAAAAAAAUUAUCAAGAGUGCAAAAAGUAAUUAAAAAAAGAGAGAAGAGACGAAUAAUACAACCGUCCUAUACAAACGCCGAGACGAAUAAAAAAAAAGAACACGAUUCAACGAAUUUCCAAAGCAAAACUUAUACGGAGAACGACGACCACAAUCGGAGGAGUGAGAGAGGAGAGUUGUAAAGUCCAAAACAAAUAAAUAAACAGACAAGAGGACGAACACAGAAUCGAAGAGGAAAAAAACUACACUACACAAUCCCAAAGAAGAAUAUACUCGAAGAUAUGGCACAACUGAUAAAUGUACGUCUGAAUCGUGUCGAUGCACAACCUUGGGGACUCCGUCUCCAAGGUGGAAAAGACUUCGGAACACCACUUGUUGUACAAAAGGUAAAUCACGGAAGUAUAGCUGAUCAAGCCGGUCUCCAGCCAGGCGAUGCGGUGAUUGCUGUAAAUAAUAUGGAAGCAUUCAAUUUACGGCACAAAGAUGCACAAGACUUGAUUGUUCGUUCGGGCAAUACAUUUGAUUUGACUAUACAACGCGGUGGAUCCACAUGGAAACCACAUGUUUCACCGACUGGUUCGAUGCCAAGCCCAGGUCAACAGAACUACGGUGGCCCAGUGACAAAAACAUCAUUGCAACAUCAUCCACCACCACAAGAACCACACAUCGGUUGCGGAUACAAUAAUUCGGCUCGGCCUUUCAGUCAAAAUGGUAGCGUCAAGAGCAUUGUUAACAAGCAAUAUAAUACACCAGUUGGCAUGUACAGCGAAGAAUCAAUCGCCGAAACACUAACUGCUCAAGCCGAAGUUUUGGCCAAUGGAGUUCUUGGAGUAAAUUUCAAGAAGAACGAGAAAGCUUACAAUUCUGAAGGCUCAGAAGUGUUGAAAGCAUUGAAAGAAAGUGAAAACGAUCCACCAGAACCAGCGUCGUCACAUUUCUAUUGGACAGCAAGUCACGCUAUUGGUAACUAUAGCGCCGUUUCCUCACGUACAAACACUCCAAAUCCAUACAGUGCUCAACAGCAGCAAUUUCAACAACAACAACAGCAACAACCAUCACCACAACCUAUCUGUCGAAAAGAGGAUUUUGCUGCAUCGGAAACUGUACAAAGGCCGAUUUUGCCGUCCACAACAAUCGAUACAACGAAAACACCUACUGUGCAAACCAAAAUCGUAGAUUCCUCAACGCAAUGUAUUGUCGCUGACACGACAUCGUCGAGAGCGUCACCACCGUGUGAUGCAUGUGGAGCAACAAUCGUUGGUGUAUUUGUUCGUAUAAAAGAUAAAAAUCUUCAUGUUGAUUGCUUCAAAUGUGCCACAUGUGGUACAUCAUUGAAGAAUCAAGGUUACUUCAAUAUAAAUAACAAAUUGUAUUGCGAUGUGCACGCUAAAUUGGCAGCCGUACAAAAUCCACCAACUGGCACUGAGGGAUAUCGUCCAGGAUUAAUUCAACCAAACUCCAAACUCAAUGCAAACAGCACAAUUUCAAAUGCGUUGAGCUCACACGCGAACGGCGGUCAUGAUUUUACAAUAAUGCCAACACAUUCGCGAACAAGUAGUUCAGCCUCAUCGGUUGGUAGUUCAUAUGUGAGCAGUACAGAUUCCAACAAAACAUCACACAUUGAAUCACCUACACCAAUUCAAUCGCAAUUGCUCGAAAAUGUAAACAAUUCAAACAAUUUUCAUACGUUAAAUGGUACUCAAACAUUGCCAUCUUAUCAGAAUGCAUACAAACUAAUCAAUGAGCAUCUCCAUAAUCAUAAAAAUGGCAAUAGCAAUGGCAAUGGCAAUGGCAAUAUCAACGGUAACGGACACAGUAACAACAAUGAACAAGAGUAUCAUGACGAUUGUAGCGAUAACGAUCAGAUCGAUUUUAAUGAUUUGCAUCAUGAAUCGUCGAUUACAUGCAAUAAAUUAUCAAUGAUCGAUCAAACGGUUAAUGAAACAAAUGGCAAAUCAAACGAUUCGAUCUACGGCACCAUCAAACAAUUCAACAACGAGCAAAUGAUUGGCGGUGAACAUUUCGCAUAUAAAACACUAAACGGUGAUGUUAUACGAAGCGUACAACCACCAGGUAAAGGGAAACCGAUUAACUAUAAGAUCAAAUCGAAUCUUGGAGGACCACGACCAUUUGGUGUGCCCACUGCAGGCCCUCGAAGCCCAGCUAUGAAUCAAAGCUGGUCACAACCAAUACCAGCACAAACCUCAUUUGUCAAUAAUUAUGGUUCACAAACUUUGCCACGAUCAACAGUUGGCCAAAAUGCACCAGGACGAUACACCAAUUAUAAUCAAUAUCAAGCAGUGUCGCAAACUACAAAUGGAUUGGCUGAAACGCCAACGGCACACCUUGAUAUAAAUGCUAACAAAAAACCUAUGGAAAACUCACUUGAUGAUACAACAACGAACGAUUAUGAACCGGGUCAAGCGACUGAGAUGCUUACAAAUUCCGUAUUGAAUUUGAAAAUUGAAAGCGAUACUAAGGAAAAUUUUAAGGCACACGCUGGCAAAAUUCUCACCGGAAUGCUUGAGUCACGGCUUAACAACGAAAAAAAUUUACAAAAUAGCCAGGCGCAUAAAAUAAUGUCGACAUUAAACAAGUCGAUAAUUAAUGAAAAUAAUAAUAAAUAUUCGCAUGAUACUAAUGGCAAUAGCACCACGUAUAAUGGAAAACCGGCUUUUCAAUCGUUUAAUUCAAUUGCUGCGCAAAAGCUUUGCCCAAAUUUGGAUACAGUAAACAAUCUUAAUAAUAAUAGUAAUAAUACAGUCGCAAUGCCGCUCAUAAUUCCAACAUCACCGAUAACCGCCGCAAAUGCCGCCGAUUUUCCGCCACCGCCCUCACCAUCCGAACUAAACGAACACAAAUUAGAUUUUCACAAUGAAAAUCACAAACAAUCGAUGUCGCUCAUUGGGCAAACCAAUUUAAACGAUCACGACUCUGUUGACAAUGAUGUAUAUUCAAGUAUUCAACCUAUUGAUGGUUUUUCAGCCAAAACGAAUCCAAUACAAUAUCAACAACAACAACACCAUCACCACCAACACCAAACGCACGGUCAUCAUCAAGUAAACAAUCAACAGCACUACGAUAAUGAUCAUUCAAACAGUGUAGUUUUCCGUAAUAAAAAUACCAAACCAGAACUAACUACGCAUGCACGUGAUCGUCGUUCAUACAUUGAAAAGGACAAUUUCAAUCAGAACCGAUAUCUUAACCAUAACAAUAAUUUGAUAACAUCUCAAGCGACAGAAAUUGCAACCGGAUUAAAGGAUGGUAAACAUCCAGUUUGCUCUGUUUGCCACAUCAAAAUUACAAGAGGGCCAUUCAUAACCGCAUUGGGUCGCAUCUGGUGUCCAGAGCAUUUUGUUUGCGUUAAUGGUAGCUGCCGACGACCACUCCAAGAUAUUGGUUUUGUUGAAGAAAAAGGCGAUUUGUAUUGCGAAUAUUGUUUCGAACAAUUUUUAGCACCACCAUGUGACAAAUGCAGUGGAAAAAUUAAGGGAGAUUGUUUGAAUGCCAUUGGCAAGCACUUCCAUCCAGAAUGUUUCACUUGUACUUAUUGCGGCAAGUUAUUCGGCAACAGUCCGUUCUUCUUGGAAGAUGGUCGCCCCUACUGUGAAUCUGAUUGGAAUGAAUUGUUUACAACAAAAUGUUUUGCAUGUGGAUUUCCGGUAGAAGCCGGUGAUCGUUGGGUCGAAGCUUUGUCCCACAAUUAUCACAGCCAAUGUUUCAACUGUACCAUGUGUAAAAAGAACUUGGAAGGACAAAGCUUUUACGCCAAGGCCGGUCGACCAUACUGUAAAAAUCAUGCUCGUUAAGAAAAUUUUGCAUAGUGUUGAUGUAUAUUAGAAGAAGAAGAAGAAGACGAAGAAAUACGCCAAUUUCUUAACUUAAACAAUAUAUUUUAAGCUUAGUAAAAAGAAAACGCGAAAGUUAUCUAUUGCUUAUUCAUGUCUAAUUCCGCUUUAUACACAGUUUGCACGUUCUUGUUCUUUAUUUUAGUCAAAAAAAAAAAUCGUCGAAUAUUCAAACGUAUACUCACAAUUUUCUUGAUAUAUGAGAGGAUGAAAAAAUAUUUAAAAAAAUGCUAAAAUGUUUGAAAAAAAAAAUCGAAACACAUUUAUUUUUGUAAACGAUAACGUAUUGUAAUAAUAUUUAAAAAAAUCAAAAUUUGCAUACUACAGAUGAAUUCAUAUACACCAUGAUGUCAACAUGUGCAGCUGAAUUCUCUUAAAGUGUAGCAUUGUGUUUGCCUUAUCUGGAGAGUUGAACAUUUUUUAUUUUAAAUUAUUCUAUUUGUACUAGUAGAAAUUUGUGCUUUUACAUUUUUAUGCUUUUGAAUUUAAAAUGAAAAAAAAAAAAAUGAAAUUGUAUAUUUUUGUGGUUUAUUUGUGUGAUAUACAUUAGGUGAAAAAAAGAAGAAAAAUUGCAAAAAAAAGUAACAAAACAUCAAUGUGACAUUUUCGAAUAUCAAUAUAUCGAGUGUUUUUCUCAAAGUCUAUCGAGA